UCUCCUAUUUCACUUUCUCAUCAUUGAUCUUCUCUCUCUCUCUCUCUCUUUCUCUCACUCCAUCGCAGGCGACCCUCCGACCGGCCACCACCGUCGCACACGAGCACCCACCUCCUCACCGGCAAUGAUACGACCACCUCCUCACCGGUGACGGUACGACCACCUCCUCACCGGCGACGGUAUAACCCAUCUCCCCAAGAGUAGCAUUUUUUCUCUCUAUUUCUCGCUCGCAGCAACCAUUGGAGCACACCUUGGUAUUUCCCCUUCUUCUUCCCCUUCCUCCCUCUCGCUCUCAACCAUUGGAGCACACCCUGUUAAAUCCAAUUCAUUCUUCUUUUAAACCCAAAUUGCUUUUACAAACCCGAACCCUUUCCUUUUUCUUGUGUUUUCUUGUUAGAUUAGGGGAUUGGUGGAUCGGCUUCUGAAUUCUCAGAAUGAAGGAUCUGAUGAUGUUAAUCAAGUCUUCCCCCUUUGCGGAAGUUCAAAGCAUUAUUAUAUAUUGCAAAUUUCAGUAUGAAACUGAUUUGAAAAGCAAAUACUUAAGCGACAACAAUAUUCAAGCAAUGAGUUACCACAGUGGUAUACCCUUAAAGGAUCGAAGUCGUAUUCAGGAAUCAUUUUGUUCCAACAAGAUAAGAGUGGUUAUCCAUUACACUUUACCAGAAAGCUUGGAAGAGUAUGUUCAGGAGAUUGGACGUGCUGGACGCGAUGGUAGAUUAUCUUAUUACCAUCUCUUUUUUGAUGAUAGCACAUAUUUUAAGCCUCAUAGUCUAACAUAUAGUGAUGGUGUAGAUGAAUAUGCAGUCAGCAGAUUCCUCUCUGAAGUUUUUACUAAUGAAUUGGAUUCACAUGGAAAAAUUUGCUCUUUAGUCAAAAAGCCUGCAUCGCGUAAAUUUGAUAUGAAAGAAGAGGUGAUUCUGACCAUUGUAACACAUUUGGAGUUGGGUGAAGUGUAGUACUUGCGUCUGCUUCGACAAACAAAUGUAACCUGUACCAUAAAUUUCCAUCAGCUGCCAGCAGCAGUGGACGAAGGGGAUGGGCGAAUGGGAGUAGUUGGCCCCUUCCAAUCGAAGGGUUUUAUGGAAGGACUCGAACAAUGGGAGCUUAUAUUGAUGCCAGGACGACAUCUUGUACUUAUUAGUACUUAUUUUUGGAUGGUUGGAACUAAAAUGUGUAGUGGGAGUAGUUGGUUAUUCCUGUAUUAUGUAUGAAAUUAAAUUAUUGACGUUGGAUUAGACUUGGUUCUUAUGGAAUUUGUAAUAUAUAUAUAAUUGGAAGUUCAAUAUUAUAUUUU